AGUUAGAGAGUAGGACACAUUCCUGACACUUGACAACGAGAACUACAAGGACCCGCCGACGUAUGACAUCAUCAGACAUAGUUGUGGGUCCAAUCAACAGGAAACACCAGGCCUCCUACAUACAGCUUGGUUGGUGUGAAGCGUAUUUCAGCUUUGUCGUUAUAACUAUAUCUUCAUCCAAGUCCCGAGAAGAUCCUCGCCAUGCUGGUGAUACCUUUCUACAUCAAACUGGCCCUAGGGUUCCUAGUGGUUGGCUUCGUGUUCCACCUGAUUGGCUUCACCACGCCCUACUGGACAGCGUACGAUACGUUCGGCGGGAACGUGAACUUCGGCAUCUGGGUAUAUUGCAGUGACACAAGAUUCGGACACACAUGUAAUUCCUAUUCAGCCAACACUGCCAUCAGCGCUGUCCGGGCCUUCGAGGUACUGGCCUUUCUUAUGUUUAUUGCCAUCGUUGUGUUACUGUUCAUCUACCUGAGUACGCUUAGGACCAAUCUCCAGCUCGCCAGUGUCAUCUGUACCUUUAUCCUGGUGGCGUUCAUUGUGCUGGGUGCUAUAAUCUACGCCUCGGAGAGAAGCAAUCUCCAUUGGUCCUUUGCUCUCUGCAUUAUCGGUGCCAUCUUCGCCUUUAUAGCCGGAAUCUUACUAAUCAUAUACCGCAUACGUGGCGUUACCAUGGUGACAGGUGGUUCUGCCACCACGCGCACAACAAGAACCGUCACCACCACCGUGACGGUUCGGUAAUACCAUAGCCAGGACCAUGGUAUUCAAUAGCUUAACAUAAGCAACGUGUUUCUCUUUAGAGCUGUUUCUCGUUUGAAUUAUUCUCCACUGCAUAUUUUCAGGCUUCCAUUGGCAAACUUUACAUGCCCUAAAUAGAAACAUUGAUAAAACAUAGGACCGGAUAGAGCAUUGAUAAAAUGUAGGACCAUAUAGAGCAUUUAUAACAUGUAGGACCAGAUAGAGUAUUGAUAGUCCUCUUCUUACUCCUAUUUACAAUAUUUGUUUUUUCUUUCCUUUAGCAGAUACAUUGUCAAGUGCUUCUAAUAUUGCGAAAUCUAUAUCUUGGACUAUGUUAAAUUAUCAAGGGUAGUGUUUACCUAAUUAAAGGAUUCUGUAUUGAAUUGCUGUUCCUUUAUAAGCCAUGUGAUUUUCACAUACUGUCCGACACCAACUUACGGAUGUGUAAACAAAUUAAAAGUAAAUAUUAGUUUCAGAUACAUC